CUCUCUCUCUCUCUCUUCAACCCACGAGUUUCCUCCCAUGGACUCAAAGCCCACUUCUUCGGAUCUUCUCAUCCCUCCCCCACAAGAACUUCCCACAAACACAGAGAAAGAGUACUUCAGCGAAGACAAAAGUAGCAGUAUCAUCAUCUUCGACUCCUCUCAACUCUGCAACCAAUCUUCAAUACCAAGCCAGUUCUUCUGGCCACAGACCGACCUGUCGUGCUCAUGCAAACAGCUAAAAGCUCCCAUCAUCGACCUCAACGGCUUCUUAACCGGAGACGAAUCUUCCACAAAGACUGCAAUCGAUCUUGUCCACUCAGCUUGCUCAGAUCAUGGUUUCUUCCAAGUUAUAAACCAUGGCGUCGACUCUUCUCUCAUGCAAGAUGCCUUGAAUUGCAUUGAUGAGUUUUUCAGGCUUCCUCUCGCAGAGAAAUUAAAGGCUAGAAGAAAAGGUCAGAGCAAGUGGGGCUAUGCUGGUGCUCAUACUGACCGUUUCACUGAUAAGUUGCCAUGGAAGGAAACCCUCUCUUUUGGUUAUGAUAGUGUGGCUUCACAAUCCGUCUUUGUUGACUACUUAACAUCCACUUUUGGGAACGGCUUCAAGGAAAUGGGGAUGGUGUAUCAGAGAUACUGCGAUGCAAUGACGAAGCUAUCCCUAUCGAUCAUGGAGCUUCUAGGCAAAAGCCUGGGAGUUGAUGGUGGGCACUAUCGGGAGUUCUUCGCAGAAAGCACCUCCAUAUUGAGAUGCAAUUACUACCCUCCAUGCCAGGAGCCAGAGCUCACUUUCGGUACCGGCCCGCAUUGCGACCCCACUUCCCUAACAAUCCUUCUACAGCAGGAUGAAGUGGACGGUCUCCAGGUUUUCUCCGACGGUGAAUGGCGGGUGGUGAGGCCGGUGCCCGGCGCACUUGUCAUCAACAUCGGCGACACCUUCAUGGCUCUAUCAAAUGGUAGAUAUAAGAGUUGCUUACACAGAGCAGUGGUGAACAAAGUGAAAGAACGGAGGUCGCUUGUCUUCUUCCUCUGUCCAAGAGAAAACAAGGUAGUUAGUCCCCCGGAUUGCCUUGUGGACGAAGAACAUCCGAGGAAGUACCCCGACUUCACAUGGGCCGACUUAUUCGACUUCACACAGACUCAUUAUAGAGCCGACAUGCAAACCCUACAAGCAUUUGCCAACUGGCUUCUCUCCUCUUCUACUUCUUCUAGCUCUUCUCGCCACCAUUGCCAUGGAUGA